CCCCACCUCCCCGGCGGUUCCGCCUCCGCUCCCUCCUCUUGCCCGGGGUUGUCUCUGCCAAGGGUAGGAGGUGGUGCUGCAGCAAUAGCGGAGGCUGCUCGUCCCAGCUCGGGCCUGCUCGCCCUUCCUUUCUCCCGUGCCCGGCUGAGGAAAGCGCCGUGACGGCGAGAGGCCUUGAGGCGACCCGCGAGCGGCUGAGGCUGCAAAUGGCGGCUGGGACGAGUUAAAGUUGGGGGGACGGGCUCCGACCGAGUAGUGCGCAGCGCUCGCUCCCGGGGAUCGCCAUGAGGCUCCUGCGGGCGCUGCUGAGGAGCGUCUCCCCCGCCACCAUCCCUCAACAAGUGGAUUUCUAUUGCCGCUUCUCCCCGUCCCCCCUGUCCAUGAAGCAGUUCCUCGACUUCGGAUCGGACAACGCUUGUGAGAAAACUUCGUUCAUGUUUCUAAGGCAAGAGCUGCCAGUCAGAUUGGCAAAUAUAAUGAAAGAAAUAAGCCUGCUUCCAGACAAUCUUCUCAAAACACCUUCAGUCCAGCUUGUUCAGAGUUGGUAUGUCCAAAGUCUUCAGGAGAUCCUCGACUUUAAGGAUAAAAGUGCUGAAGAUUCAGAAGCUGUUUCUCGUUUUACAGAUACUGUGAUAACGAUCCGGAAUCGUCACAACGAUGUCAUUCCAACCAUGGCUCAGGGCGUGAUCGAAUAUAAGGACCAUUAUGGGGUUGAUCCAGUGACCAGUCAGAAUGUGCAGUAUUUCUUAGAUCGCUUUUUCAUGAGUCGCAUUUCUAUUAGAAUGCUGCUUAACCAGCACACCUUGUUGUUUGGAGGGAAAGUUAAAGUUAACCCAGCCCAUCCAAAACACAUUGGAAGCAUUGAUCCAAAGUGUAAUGUCGUUGAAGUUAUAAAAGAUGGGUAUGAAAAUGCAAAGAGCCUCUGCGACUUGUAUUACACGAACUCUCCAGAGCUUGUACUCGAAGAGCAGAAUGUAAAAUCACCAGAGCAGCCCAUGCAGGUGGUGUACGUACCAUCACAUCUCUACUACAUGGUUUUUGAACUUUUCAAGAAUGCAAUGAGGGCUACCAUGGAACAUCAUUACGAUCGAGGGGUUUACCCCCCAAUUCAGGUCCACGUCACAUUAGGCACUGAGGAUUUGACUGUAAAGAUGUGUGAUCGUGGUGGUGGUGUUCCUUUGAGGAAAAUAGAUCGCUUGUUUAAUUAUAUGUAUUCAACUGCACCACGUCCCCGUGUUGAGACAUCACGAGCUACACCUCUGGCUGGAUUUGGCUACGGCUUACCUAUCUCUCGUCUUUACGCUCAGUACUUCCAAGGAGAUCUGAAGCUGUAUUCUUUAGAGGGUUAUGGUACAGAUGCAGUUAUAUUCAUCAAGGCUUUGUCUACAGAAUCUGUUGAAAGGCUGCCAGUGUAUAACAAAUCGGCUUGGAGACAUUACACAGCCAAUCAUGAAGCAGAUGACUGGUGUGUCCCAAGUAGUGAACCCAAGGACAUGACUACAUUCCGCAGCACAUAGCAGUAUGGAAUAGAUCGGAGCAUGCUAAAAAGACUGUACCACUAGCUUGUGGCCGGACUGAUGAAACCAGCUUUAACUCAAGUAGAGUUCUAAUGUUUUCUUUUGGAGAAGAUACACAUCUGCUGAACAAGAAUCAGAAUAACGUGGUUUUUCUAGAGUAUUAUUAUGCAUAUUCACUUGCUUCAUGCGUCUGGGGUACAAAUUCUAGAAGGCUGGUAAAAAGGCUUCUUCACUGGACUGAUGAAGUAUUCAGGGGGCUUGGUUUAUAGACAUACUACCAUUUUGUUAAGUUUGCUGUGGCAUAGUGCUUCCGGUUAACGUGCUCCAAAAGUGGCAUCCAACAUGGCAGGUAGUACAUAAAAGAUAAUCAUGUAUUUUAUUUUUAAAUGUUUCUUGGUCCUGUGGUUUUAGUGUUAGAUGCCAACCAUUGUUAAACAAGCUUUUAGAUUCUGGUACAUUUUUUGUGCUUGAUCCAGGCUAAAGUGCUUAAAGUCCUCUUAAUUUCAAUUUCAGAUACUUAAAUCUCACUCACUAAAACUAAGAAAACACUUUCACUUUGGACUCAUCAGAUACUGUACUCUCCUUUUAGGUAGCGUUUCAAACCUUCCAACUGGAUAAAAAUGUCAACUUUGUUCUAAGUAAAUAAGUUUGACUUUUACAAAAACUAGUAAAAAAGGCAGGCAUUUUCUAUUUAAAAUUUUGCGGGUCUCCACACUGGUCACCGUUCUAGAUAACCACUGUGGGCGCUGAUUGUUUCAGCUGAAGUUAUCAAGCUAGGCCUUUAACCCUCCUGUGGAAGUUAAAUGAGAUUUACUUUGCAGUUCUAGCUGGCUGAACUGUGGCUUCGCUUUUAAUAAAGAAAAUACCAUGAAACCCAAAUCUGAAAUCUCACCUGUAUACUAGUUAUGCCAAGUACACUAACCUGGAAACCAGUAUCUCUGCUGCAUGGCUGUACCUGCACUGGUAGUAUAAUCAUAGAUGCUUGUGGUGGUGUCCUUUACAGCAGCUAAUGGUCUUGAUGCAGACUAGAUGUUUUGGUUUCCACCCACCAGUUAUCCUGAAUCUGCCUCACAGCAGUCUGAAAUUCCCCCCCCAACCCCCCCCCCAAAAAAAAUUAUGCUCAGGGAGGAGGGUCCCCUUCCCCUUCAAAAACAGGAGUUUGGGGCUGUUGCAGGAGGGACAUGGUACUCCAUGGGCAGAAACCCUUGCAUUCCCAGAAACAUGUCGCCCGCCUGACCAAACUUGACAAGUCUGCAUAGGCCUUCAAACUCAAACCCUAAGCUCCCUGUUAUAGCAACCUUUAGGAAGACGUUCUUAAGGCAGCUCAGCUAUUGUGUCUACCAGAUUGUUGAUGUCCAGCUGUUUUUGAAUACUUCCUUAGACAUUUAUAGCAUUUCUCUAUCAAACAUUUAGAUACACGGUCCUUGGAAUUUAUCACUUCUCAAACACGUGGUGUAGUUCCCAUCCAGAGCUAAUAAUGUUUCAUAACUUUCCAGGUUGGUAUCUAUCUGUGAAUAAUAUUAAUAUGUUCUUCCAUAUAAGCUUGACUAGUAGCUCAGUUAAGCCAAAGCAGUAGCAGUAAAUCAAUUUUGUUCCGCAUAACCCUAGUACAUUUUUCUUGUUGUCAAGGCAGUAUUUAGAGAAUUGAAUGCCAGACAUGUAAGGGGAAAAAAAUUAGAACUCCCAGAAAAGCUGUUGUGAACAACUGUUGCUGUAAGCCCAGAUAGCUCCGUCAGCUGUGAAGGGUUGUCUCAGGCUGUGCUUACUGUCUUUUAAUCCUAUACAUAUCCUUAACCAGUAGCAUUUACUAAAUACAGUCCAAGAUGAUUGCUGCAGUUGCUGCCCCCUGCCAAUCACAAAUUGUUCUAAUGGCUUUAAUUCACAUCCACAAUUGCAAUAAAUUUAAUUCUCUCGGCACCCCGCCCCCCGCUUAUGAUUCUUCAUUAACAUGCGGCUGAUGUGGAAUCAAGAAUUCAACCAGUUUGCAGUAACUGAGCAGAAGUCAGUAACGACAAGAGACAGGCACAUUUAGAGCGCUGGUGCCUAACAAUGUGAUCCUAAAUAAAAUUUACUCAGGAAUAUGAAACUUUUGAAAAUAGCAGCUGUGCCAAAUUGUGCGCUUAGACAAGCAGGGUAAGAGCAGGACAGGACUUUCCUAUGCUUUGGGAAUGAUACACUCAGGCUUACUGAAUUAAAAUUAGAAGGGUAUCCUAUAAGGCAGUAAAAAGCCUAAACUGAGCCACUGUCUUACAUAUAGCAACUCUGUAAAUAUUUAAGUGCUGACCUGGCCCAGUAGAACAGGUUUAACAACUAUUUUAACACCUAUGAAGAGGCAUCACCCAAAUGCUUGCUAAUCAAUGAGGGCUGAUCAGCUGUUUCGUACCUCUGUCCCUGCAUAUUUGAACUGCUGUAGCCACCUUUUGAAUCAGAGCUAUGUUUGUAGCUCCUGAUCUGAUAACAGGAACUGUGAAUAUAGCCCUGUGAACUAGAUGCGGACAGGCAUCUUGUCCAGACCAUUUUGUGAAUGGUUCCAAAUCAACAGGAAAUCUGGAUAAAUUUAGUUCUAGUUGGAUUUGCUGUAUCCUCGGUUCAGGAAUUCAAACUACUGAAAGUUUUGAGAUCACUGUAACAACUGCUUGUUAGUUGUGGUAGUCUCAUUGCCCAGUCGUAGCUUUGGUGAUUUUAUUGAUCCUCCAGAGUUUAAUUCCUAUUAAAACAGCAUUUCAGAAGAUUGAUUACUGAUGAGAUACAAGUCUUGCUAACAUACUGCUAGUAGUGUAGGCAGGUUUAAACUAAUUUUGCUCGCAGAGGGAGGAAUAAAGUGAAGACUGAAAACGUUUUGUAUUUAGAAUUUUGAAUCUUGUACUGUGAAAAUAAAUUUUGGCUUGCAAGAGAAUGUCUUGCAGUGAUUUUUAUAAGAAACAAUAAAGUCUGAGCAAUUCACUAAAAAA